GCAGCUUCAACAUGAUCAUUAUUCUUUCGCCCAUUAUUGCAGCCACUCUAACAACUUGCAAGUAAACAGUUUAAAUUGAAGUUUUAUAAAGCAAACAACAUACUUGUCUGUUAGUAGAACAGUUUGUGCUGUCAGACAAGGAUACAAAAAAAUAUAACGAAUAAAGGAUAUCUAUCUACAAUAACAACAUGAAAUCUCUAUAUAUUUUUAUGGGAAUUUUCAUACCUUUACUCUUCAAGAAUGUGACUAACGUAGAUACAGCUGCUGUUAUAUGCUCCGAAGACAAACCCACGGUAGACUUGGCGGACCGUAAAACAUAUGCGGAUACCAGUAGCGAAGAUUACAAUAUUAACAGCAAGAAUAAAGAAGGAAAUAAAAAUUCUUUAAAUAAACUAUUUCACAAUAUACAAUGUACAUUGGAAAAAGCUAAACCCUGGGUGGCUGAAUUAAAACAGGAAGCCAAACGUUUAGAAGAAGCUGCUAAACUAUUGGGAUUAGGUAUAUUAAAUUCCUUUGGUGAAUUUGUUGAUAAAUUAGUGGAAGAAACUGUUGAGACUUCGACAAAAAACCCAAACAAUUCUACUCUUAGUGGCGAUGGCGCUGUUAAUUCAACUGCAGAAACUGGUAAUGAGGAAAUUUCACAAUAUUUGUGUCCAGAAGGAUUUAUAGCCGAUCAUAAUGGUAUAUGUGAACGUAUUGAUUAAACGAGGUUAUUUUAUGUAUUUAGUGUAAAUUCUUAAUAACAAAUAAGAAAUAAAAAUUUAAAAAAUAUCAAAUACAAACAUAAAAGCGAUUUUGU